UUGGUUUCGCAAAUCAAAAUCCUCAAAGAUUCCUACUUAAUUCCUUUAUCCCUCUCUGUUUUUUACCAAUUUUGUUUCAUUUUUGGGUUGUGAAUUGUUGUAGUAAGUGUAGAGAAGAAGAAAAGAUGGGGGAUGCUUAUUGGAAUCGUCAACCGCAGCUUCCUCAAUCUGCUGGAUUGCUCAAACGACCUCGCACUGAAUAUGUACCAGAUUAUCCACAAUCUGGGAUGCCAUCAGCUCAUGAAGUGCAUCAUUACUUAGGAAGGAAUGAUGAUCGUGAAGGACCUCGAGUAGUGGACACACAAUCAAUCGGAUCAGCAUAUGAUCGUGGUGUACCUCAAGUAGUGGACACAGAGUCAAUCGGAUCAGCAUAUGAUCGUUAUCUCCAAAGUUCGCAACUUUCUUCUCUUCCAGUCGGAGAAGCUAAUAACAACUACAAGGGGGUUGGAUUAGUUAGAGCAGGUGGUGGUGGUGGUAUACCUGCCCUUCCUGUUCGUGAUCCGCUUCCAUCAGCUCGUGGGCCAGAGCUAGCACCAAAUGGAAGAGCUAUGGUAUUUAGUGGCCAACUGCCAGUCGAACCUAUGCCGAGGCCUCGUGAAACACUAUCUCUUCCUCCUGAUGCUUCUAACACCCUCUACAUAGAGGGACUUCCGUCAGACAGCUCCAGGAGAGAAGUAGCCCACAUUUUUCGUCCCUUUGUGGGCUACAAAGAAGUCAGACUUGUUAGAAAGGAAUCAAAACAUCGUGGUGGAGAUCCUAUUAUCCUUUGCUUUGUGGAUUUCGUAGAUCCAGCGUGUGCAGCUACUGCUUUAAGUGCAUUGCAAGGUUACAAAAUGGAUGAACAUGACCAUGAUUCUGCUUACUUGAGGUUGCAGUUCUCAAAGUUUCCAGGUCCGAGGUCUGGUGGCUCGGGAAGUCGUGGGAAGCGAUAAAUAACAUCCACCAGCUUCUUAUUUACAUAUUGCUCUGUCUGAAUUUACUUAUGUAGUAUGUAGUGUUUCUGGAAUGUGCAAUUCACAAUUGGCUCAACAGUUGGCGCUAGCCAUGGCUACAGUAACAUGCUGGCUGUUGGUUUUUGAAGCGGGAAUUUUCCGCUUCAACAGACCUUUAAAGCCAGUGAAACUUUGUUUCUGAGAUGGUACAACUUGAUAGGCAGAUGCAGGUUGUCGUACUAGACUUCUAGUUGUCUGAAGAAAUGUUUCUAAUUUUAUUUUAGACAGUGGAAUUUUUGUAAGUAAUAUGGAACUAAGUGUGGGAAAUGGGAUAGUUUGGGUUGAUUCAAGUGAGUUGAAUCAAUAGAUUGGUUAUUUCCGUCUUCUGCACAAGUUGAAGCUAAAAUGGGUGGGAGUCUAACGAGCCUGUUUGGAUGGCUUGUUUCAAGUGGUUUUACGUCAAAAUAGGUUUUAAGCAUUUUUGGAGUGUUUGUAUAAAUUAAAAAUGUGCUUAUGACCACUUGUUAUUAAGCCCAAAAGACAAUAAUAUGCAAAAAGUUAUAUGUUA